CUCAAGAUGACCGUCGCUGAGUCGGUAAAGAGCGCCGUCGGGCUGGCCGACACUCAAGCCACACGCGAGGAGAUGUCUGCUGCCCGCCUCCCCCUCCAAUACCGUGAUUCCUGCGCACAUCUCCUUAUUCCGUUGAACCGAUGCCGACAGCAAGAGUGGUACCUCCCUUGGAAGUGUGAGGAUGAAAGACACAGCUACGAAAAGUGCCAAUAUGAGGAAUUCAAGAAGCGCGUUGCUAAGAUGGAUGAACUUCGCGCUGCCAAGGAUGGUGCGCGCAGCAAUUGAUACCAACAGUACGCCCAUAUGUCGACAAAUAUGUUCGAGUUGCACGAAACAGCGAGUUAUGUAAAUAGAGAUUCAAGUAUCGUUCUAUCAUGG